AUGCAACCUCCAUCCCAAGCCGUCACGAUGCCGCCCUUCACUUCAAAUACUCACCAAGCAAAGAUCUAUACCGUCAAUGGCGGAGUGGCCCCCGGCCAAAACCAACCUGACUGGCUAGGAAGUACGAUCACGAGAGCUCACAGGGAAAGGGCUAAGAAGAAAAAGAAAAAAGCGGUCGGGCCUGGGACCGAAGGGAAAAGUUUAAUCCAAGACUUGGACUUUCCCGAGGCAUCAAAUAAAGUUAAAUCGACCUCCGAUGGGAAAUUCUUAAUUGCUACUGGAACGUAUAAACCUCGAAUGAAAGUUUACGAAUUGGAUGAGCUGGCACUCAAAUUCGACAGAGUUACUGAUAGUGAAAACGUCGACUUUUGUAUCCUUUCUACAGAUUGGACAAAAACGCUACAUUUGCAGACAGACCGCACCCUCGAUCUUCACACACAAACGGCAUCCUACUAUAGAGUCCGCAUCCCCCGACACGGACGAGCGUUGGCCUAUCAUUUUCCCUCUUGCGAUGCGCUAUGCGGAGGUGCUGGAUCUGAACUGUGGCGGUUAAACCUUGAACAGGGUCGAUUUAUGGCCCCCUUUCAGCUUUCCUCCAACGUGACUGGAAUCAAUGCUAUCGAUGUCAAUCCGGUACAUGGCUUGGUCGGAUUGGGCACAGAAACCGACGAUGGCAAAGGUACUGUGGAAUUCUGGGACCAUCGUGCCCGAGCUCCUGCUGGAAUCCUCAAGUUACCUUUUGCAAAGUUGUCUGGAGUCGGCGGCAGUUGGGAUGACUCUUGCAUGUCAGUUUCCGUCUCAGCACUAGCUUCCAGGUUGGACGGACUCACUGUAGCCGUUGGGACAUCGACUGGCCAUACAUUACUUUAUGAUCUACGAGCACCCCUGGCUCACACAAUAAAGGAUCAAGGUUACGGAUUACCCAUCAAGAAAAUUGAAUGGCCUACUUCUGUUGCGGCUAGUGGAUUUGGUCAGACUGAAGGACUAGUAGCGACAGCCGACUCCAAAGUCGUCAAAAUUUGGUCACGCCAUACGACCGACAAUCUUAUCUCAGUCAACCCUCUGGCUCCAAUUAACGAUAUGCACAUUUACCCAGACAGUGGCUUAGUAUUUCUGGCAAACGAAGCAAGUCCCAUGACUGGUUACUUCAUUCCCAGUCUUGGUCCAGCACCCAGAUGGUGUAGAUUCCUCGAGAACAUGACGGAAGAGAUGGAAGACUCAAAAGAAGUAGCGAUCUAUGAUGACUACAAGUUUGUUUCGGAUUCCGAAUUAGCAUCACUGAGCUUGGAUCACUUAGUCGGAACCCCAGCACUCCGUCCAUACAUGCAUGGUUACUUUAUCGAUCUGAGGCUGUAUGCCAAAGCCAAGGCGAUAGCCAACCCAUUUGCUUAUGUGGAACAUCGCGAUAAACUGGUCAAAGAACGAAUUCAGAAAGAGCAGGAAAGUCGAAUCCGGACAAGCAAACUAAAAACCAAAUCGAACGAAAGCAAGUCGAUGGUGGCUCAAAACGUGAAGAUCAACAAAGACUUGGCAGAAAAACUCAUCGAACAAGAACAAACCUCUAUCCCUAUGAAAACGCACUCGAAGAAGAACAAGGCCAAGAAUAUUCCAUCUGGAUCACUCUUGACGGACGAACGAUUUGGAGAUCUAUUCACGAAUGAAGACUUUGAGAUUGACAAAUAUUCUAGAGAGUAUGCUGCUAUCAAUCCAUCAAGUGCAGCAACCGCUCGAAAUCAAGUCAUUGAACCGAAAGAAGACGAGUAUUCAAACAGUAACAGUGAAGAGAGUCAGCCAGAGAAUGUCGGGGAGUCUGAAUCGGAAGAUAGCAGUGAGGAUGACGACGUUUGGAAGAAGAGAGAUCGUCGACAAAUGGGCGAGCUUAAAAAGCACGCCGUCCAAGAACGAAAUCGGUCGGGCAGAGGAGGCGAUCGGUCAGAAGAAACUUCAACACCCCUUCAACCAUAUCAAAGCAAACCCAGAAUGUAUAUCAAUACAGAUAAAGAUCACGAUCCUACUCAAAUCAUCGGCGACCUCGACACUCGGGAGAAAACAUUCGGCCAAAAACUCAUUAACAAGAAAGGCCGACCGAACGAAGCCGGACAAUCCUCCACCGAGUCCGCGGCCAGCAAGAACGAAACACUCAGAUCACUGGGUGGAGGCUCGAUGGAAUUCUCAUUCAAUCCUUCCCCUUCAAACACUACUGCAAACUCCAGCACGAAGAAGAGCGUUCAACAACGACCUAAAGCUGCCGAAAACUUUGGAAUCGGUCUGUCUAAAGGGUCGAUCGCUCGUGAUCAGGAAGAAAAUUUCAUCCAAUCCCUCGACCAGGAUAAUUUAUCUGGAAGGACUCGGAAAAGGAAGAUCGAGAGAAGCGCUAGUAAAACGAAAAUCCGUAAACUCUAG